AUGAGUCCAACCUUCGAUUUUGACAUCACGCCGGAGCAAGAAGCAAGCACUCGCCAAUACCUCUAUCGGCAAUUUCAUNNUGUCACACCACCCAUCGUUUCGCCGCAUGAAGUGAAUCUCACAGGCAAGACUGCCAUUGUCACUGGGUCCAACAUUGGUCUCGGCUUAGAAUCCGCCCGUCAGCUCCUGGAUCUGAAGUUGAGCAAGCUGAUUCUGGCAGUCCGGUCUGAAGCAAGGGGCGAGACCGCUCGCUCGGGUUUGCUUGCUGGUCGUUCGCUUGUCCCUAGCGCAAUCGAAGUCUGGAAGUUGGAUCUCUCUGAGUACGACUCCAUCACCAAGUUCGCUGAACGUGCCCAGACCUUGGACCAGCUUGAUAUCGUUGUUAUGAACGCCGGCCUCUACAAAGUCGAGAAGACCUUUGACAAAUCGACUGGCUUCGAGGAGGACGUUCAAGUCGACUACAUAUCCACCGCUUUGUUGACCAUUCUCCUGCUUCCUGUUCUGAGAGCCAAGCGAUCCAGAGCUGCUCCUGCGCGUUUGACCAUAGUCUCAUCCGAUACAGCAGGCUGGGCCCAAUUCCAAGAGAGAACCGCUGAUCCCAUCCUAUCUGCCUUCAAGGACACACCCGCCGCCCCAGCUGUCUGGAACAUGCAGAAGCGAUACUCCACGUCGAAACUUGUGGGCCAGCUCUUCUUGUCCAAACUAUCUGAGCAUCUCAACCCUUCGGAAGUCAUUGUGAACUCGUGCAAUCCUGGUUCCUGCUAUGGUUCCGGUCUACAACGUGAGGGCAAUGGUACUAUCCUUGGCUUCUUGGUGCGAACUUUCACCCGUAUCAUCGGUCGACCCGUCUCCGAAGGCGCGCGUUCACUUACAGCCGCCGCUACCAAAUUUGGCAAGGAGGUCCAUGGACAAUACGUNGAAGACUGCAGAAUCCGCCCAAUGGCACCUAUUCUCUACAAGUCCGAAGGUGAAAGCAUCGCCAACCAAUUGUGGGAAGAGCUCAUAGACGAGUUCUCGUUUGUAGGUGCAAGGAAAAUCCUCUUAGAAUGUGAGAAGUGA